CUGGUGAACAGCAGCACAGCGUGUGCAGGGAGGGUAGAGGUCCAGGUGCUGGGGACCUGGGGGACCCUCUGUGCCUCCCACUGGGAUCUCUCGGAUGCCCACGUUCUCUGUCGUCAACUCAACUGCGGGUUUGCUGAGUCCGUUCCUGGAGGAGAGCAUUUUGGGAGAGGGACUGGCCCUGUCUGGAGAGACUCAUUCCACUGUGAUGGGACAGAAGCCCAUCUGGGACAGUGCCCAGUGAUCACCCUGGGGGCCUCACCAUGCUCCCACGGGAACAACGCUGCUGUCGUUUGCGCAGGCUCAGCCGGCUUUGCAUCCCUGCGGCUGGUGGGUGGAGGGAGCCGGUGCGAUGGACGAGUGGAGAUCUUCCAGAACGGGACAUGGGGCAGAGUCCUGGAUGACCAGUGGGACAUGCAGGAGGCCAGCGUGGUGUGCCGGCAGCUGCGGUGCGGAGAGGCAGGGACAGCCUACAACCCCCCAAAGCCUGAGCGAGGGACCGGCCCUGUGGGGCUGCGAGGGGUCCGGUGCGCAGGGCACGAGGCCAGCCUGGCCCUCUGCAACACCUCCCUGCCCGAGAGUGCACCGGCGGCAGGGGUUGCGGAGGACGUGGGAGUCAUCUGCUGGGGGAGCCGGAGGGUCCGGCUGGUGAACGGGUCCGGGCACUGUGCUGGGAGAGUGGAGAUCUACUACCAGGGCAUCUGGGGGACUGUCUGUGACGAUGGCUGGGACCUGUCUGAUGCCGCCGUCGUUUGCCACCAGCUGGGCUGUGGAGGGGCAGUGGAGGCAGCCGGCUCCGCUCAGUUCGGGGAAGGCUCCAGGCAGAUCUGGCUGGAUGGCGUGAACUGCUCUGGGGCCGAAGCUGCUCUCUGGGACUGCCCUGCCAGGCCCUGGGGGCAGCACGACUGCGGGCACAAAGAGGAUGCGGGAGUCAUCUGCUCAGAGUUCGUGGCUCUGAGGCUGGAGAACAGUGAUGGCUGCUCCGGGCGCCUGCAGGUUUUCUACAACGGGACGUGGGGCAGCAUUUGCUCCAACUUGAUGACUCUCGACACAGUGUCGCUGGCAUGCAAGGAGCUGGGCUGUGGGGACGGAGGAUCCCUGGAAACACAGCUGCCUUAUGGAAGGGUGUCUGGCCCUACGUGGCUGGAUUACGUGCAGUGUGGGGAGAAAACCAGCUCCUUCUGGCAGUGUCCCUCUGCUCCCUGGAACCCACAGUCAUGUGAAGACCCACGAGAGGAGAUCCACAUCACCUGCAAUGGGGCUGCGGAGGUGAGGCUGGUGAAUGGCAGCAGGCGCUGUGCUGGAAGAGUGGAGGUGAAACACAAUAGCAAGUGGGGGACGGUGUGUGGUGACUACUGGAGCAUGACCGAUGCGGCAGUGGUUUGUAAGCAGCUGGGCUGUGGGUCUGCUGUUGGAGCUCCUCAGUAUGGACACUUUGGGCCAGGAUCUGGCCCCAUUUGGAUGGAUGAUGUUGGCUGUAAUGGCACUUGCCCAGUGAUCACCCUGGGGGCCUCACCAUGCUCCCACGGGAACAACGCUGCUGUCGUUUGCGCAGGGAGCCGGAGGGUCCGGCUGGUGAACGGGUCCGGGCGCUGUGCUGGGAGAGUGGAGAUCUACUACCAGGGCAUCUGGGGGACUGUCUGUGACGAUGGCUGGGACCUGUCUGAUGCCGCCGUCGUUUGCCACCAGCUGGGCUGUGGAGGGGCAGUGGAGGCAGCCGGCUCCGCUCAGUUCGGGGAAGGCUCCGGGCAGAUCUGGCUGGAUGGCGUGAACUGCUCUGGGGCCGAAGCUGCUCUCUGGGACUGCCCUGCCAGGCCCUGGGGGCAGCACGACUGCGGGCACAAAGAGGAUGCGGGAGUCAUCUGCUCAGAGUUCGUGGCCCUGAGGCUGGAGAACAGUGAUGGCUGCUCCGGGCGCCUGCAGGUUUUCUACAACGGGACGUGGGGCAGCAUUUGCUCCAACUUGAUGACUCUCGACACAGUGUCGCUGGCAUGCAAGGAGCUGGGCUGCAGGGAUGGAGGAUCCCUGGAAAGAAGCCUGCCUUAUGGCAAUGUGUCUGGUCUUACAUGGCUGGAUAACAUGCAGUGUGGGGAGAAAACCAGCUCCUUCUGGCAGUGUCCCUCUGCUCCCUGGAACCCACAGUCAUGUGAAGACCCACGAGAGGAGAUCCACAUCACCUGCAAUGAAAAGCCAUCACAGCCACACACGUCCAGCAGCAGUUGCCACCCAGGUUGCCAGCAGCGCCUGGGGGAGGCAGAGGCAUCUGCAGAUUCCCCCCGGGGCCGUCUGACUGGCAGCAGGAGAGUCUCAGUGCCUGUCAUCAUCUGCAUCAUCCUGGGGGCCCUUCUCUGCCUGCUCCUGGCCCUCCUGGCUGGGCAAGCACUAAGCACCAGGGCUGGGCGCAGAGGCUCCAGGAGUGCUCAGGAGAUGUUCCCUGAGGCUGUGUACGAGGAGAUUGGUUACAGCCCAGUGUGGGAGAAGCAGGCGAGGUUUGGGCGCUCAGCUCCCGAGGACCUGCCUGAGGGGGGUCACAGUGAGACCCCCGAGUCUCAGCACUGCAGGCCCCAUGCUGGGCAGAGCUUGGCUGUUUAA